AUGGACGGAGUCAAAGGCACUCCAAUAACCGGGAACAACUCGCGAGAGACGACCGGAAACCCACCCAGCAUCAAGGCCGAACCCAUCAUCAAGACUGAAUCUCCUCGGCCAUCGCCAGUUCCCAGAAACAGCAGCCAGUCGCGGUCCUCCGCAGAGAGAAAGUCGCUCCAGCGCCAGCUCGACGCCCUACGAACACAGCACGAGACUCUGGAGACACAAGCCAACGCAGCGGAACUGCGAGCCCAUAUCCCAGAUGAACAACGGCGUAUUGCCGAGGCUGAGCAGCGUAUUCGAGGUGCUGAGACAAUGCCGCCUGCUGAGUUCGUCAUCCUGUAUUACGGUUUGCCCACUACCUUGAUUCAUUGUGGGCAUACCUCCCCGCAAAGCCCCAGUAUGAGCGCAAAGAACAUCUGCGUUCAACCGUUAAGAAGAGGGUGA